UGGUGAGCAGUGGAGAGCAGAAGCAUCCGAGUGGAUGAGAGGAGUGCAGUUGUCGAUAGAACCAAAAGGAGUGCGCAGUCCUGAAGAGGAGAGCUGCUGUGCGAUGCCUGGAAGGAAGCCUGCCAGCUCCCCCUGCACAGACCUGAAGGUGUUGAGCUUCAGCUGAGGAUGGCAGGAGAUUCUCGAAUCCUCAUGGACCACAACAUGGAGAUAGGAGUCACACCUGCUCAGGUGAAGAAGCUUCCCAAACACCUACGGGAGGCGCAGAUCUCAACUGAAAGAACCCACCUGAUAUCCGACCCUGCCAAAAAGCCACGUCAGCGCUACGUGCAGAAGGAUGGCAAGUGCAACGUUCACCACGGAAACGUGCAAGAGACCUACCGUUACCUCAGUGACCUGUUCACCACCCUGGUGGACCUGCGCUGGCGUCUCAGCCUCUUCAUCUUCACGCUGGUCUACGUGGUCAACUGGCUCUUCUUUGGCUUUUUGUGGUGGCUGAUCGCACUGAUCCGAGGAGACCUUUUGCAUGCUGGCGAGGAGGGCUGGACCCCGUGCGUGGAGAACCUCAACAGUUUUGUCUCAGCCUUCCUUUUUUCCAUAGAAACAGAGACCACAAUUGGAUAUGGUUAUCGUGUCAUCACGGAAAAAUGCCCAGAAGGCAUCAUUUUGCUUUUGGUGCAAGCCAUUUUGGGAUCCAUCGUCAACGCCAUGAUGGUGGGUUGCAUGUUUGUCAAGAUCUCACAGCCAAAGAACCGCGCAGAGACCCUCAUGUUCUCACACAAAGCUGUCAUAUCGGUGCGAGACAACAAGAUGUGCCUGAUGUUUCGCGUGGGAGACCUGAGAAAUUCUCACAUUGUCGAGGCAUCAAUCAGAGCAAAGCUGAUCCGAUCCCAGCAGACCAAGGAAGGGGAGUUCAUCCCACUCAACCAGACGGACAUCAACAUCGGCUUUGACACGGGAGACGACCGGCUCUUCCUGGUGUCGCCGCUCAUCAUCUCUCAUGAGAUCAAUGAGAAGAGCCCCUUCUGGGAGAUGUCCUUGGCUCAAAUGGAGAAGGAGGAGUUUGAGAUUGUGGUCAUUCUGGAGGGCAUGGUGGAGGCCACAGGGAUGACAUGUCAAGCAAGAAGUUCCUACUUGGACACUGAGGUGCUUUGGGGUUACCGCUUCACCCCUGUCCUGUCCCUGGAGAAGGGCUUCUACGAGGUGGACUACAACAACUUCCAUGAGGUCUACGAGACCAACACGCCCAUGUGCAGUGCCAAGGAGCUGGCUGCCAAGCUGCGAGACGGACCGCUGUUGCCUCAGCUUCCCAUCCUAAGCCCAGAGCCCAUUAAGCACACCUUUGACCCCCUGAACCGCCUGUCCAGCCCAGAUCCCCUCACCCUGGAUGAGGAUAAGGAGGAGAGGGAGUCAGACAGAGGUGAGAAAAACGGCUCAGCUGCGGCGCUAGAGGACCCGCCGCUUCUGGAUGGACUGGCAGGCUGACGAGGACUGAGGCCAAUCACCAGACUGACUAGACUCGUGCUUCAUUUAGUCGAAGGCCAGCUUGUUCCAUCGCUUGGAUAUAAAAGGCAUCUUUCUUCGCCCACAGCUCGUGCAAUACUCCUCUGCUCAAGUGUCAAUCUAUAGUAUAGAUUGGGUUUUAGACACACAAGUGCACGUCCACUCGCCGGCCGGUGAUUCAGUGGCCUUUUUAUAAUGGCCACCACCACUAACUGCUCUCCGGGCUCAAGUUUCUUGGUAGCCACGACACCAGUCCCAUGGGCGCCUUCCAAAUACCCAUAAUCUCAUUCUACAGUGUUGAAUCUUCACGAUGAAUAUAUUAGCCAUAAUCCAACUCCAGUGUCUGAAAGCAGCUUGUUUGCUUUGGAUCUAUCUGAAAAUCUUUUUUUCUUUUAUCGUCUCCUGUACGUGUUAUUUCUCCGUGUCCCCUUCAACGUUUCAAUGCUUCCCUUUAAAUGACCACACUGUCAGGUCAGACACAGUUUUACUUGAACUAGCUUCCUCUGCGGGUACGAGUUGUGGGCCUGACUGAGUUUGCAGACUUGGGGAUGAGUGAGAGAUGAUGGAGUUGCUAUACCAUGAGAUCUCCCAGGGCUCCCGGCACUAGCGGAAGCUUUGACUUGUCUGCCUAACUAGGCGGCUGGUGACAGGUCAGCUCUGAAGGACUUGAAUCUGGCGUUGGUUCUUCAGGAUGGCGCCCGUGGAUGAUGAGCGUGACUGAUGCUAACGCAAAUUCAAUAACAUAGGAUUGUGGGAUUGAAAGUCAGAAACCAAUGAGUCGUGAUCAAACAGAACAGCAACACAUUCUCACUCCCAUGGCAUCGCAAAACACGACUAUGUGCAGCUGGACUUUUGUCCACGCUGAAGUCAGUCUUCCACCUGUGGUGUUUCUAUUGAGUCGAAUGUGACGUUCCUAAGGGACACCUCCUAACCACCCCCCAUGUCCAUGUCACGUUGUGUCUAUGCUACUGAAGUCACCGUGUCUAGAGCGCAGGAUUAGCGUGAGGCGCUGUCAGGAUAUGCCGUGGCAGGUGGAGCAUGUGUCUCACUUGAAAGCCAAAUGCAUCGACAUGUCAACAACAGAGACGACUGACUUCAGCAUGACUCUGAGACGGCAAAGUUCACUUGCAAAUGGCCUUGGGAGUGAGAAUGCGUUCCGGUCUGAUUGAGCAUGUUCUUCUGCCGGAACGGCUGCCGGUGGUGUCUUCCAUAGGUGAAGCCAGGCAUUAGCCAGAGACUCACAGUAGAACCACUCUGUCUGAAAGGAGCCGGUCGGGGUGAAACGUCACAUGCUUCCCUCCCUCUAGAGAUCUGUCACGUGGAAGGAGUCCGCAGAGACGAAGGACCAGAUGGGACGGUUACGUAAUCGCCGUAGCUUUCGGACAUCUAGGCGUCGGAGCUCUUGUGGCCAGUAUAGGGCAAACUUCUUUUUUUUUUUUUUUUACUUUGGGUGUGCAAGCACACGAUUGGCCUCCACAGUCGAGGAAGCAGUACCUCAUUUUCUACUCAUCAGGAUUAGAAAUCGACGAGAGCGGGGAAGACUGCCUUGGACAGAGAAUGAUGCUUCAGAUAAAAGUCCUGCUGUUGCUACAGUAACUAAACCAUGAAUUCUGAGCCCAUUCCUCGGCGCAUAAAGCACAAUUCCCCAGCAGGUGACCCCCACAGUGUCCUUACCACCCACUAAACCCACCGCUACCAACUGUGUGAGGCAUGUCAAGUCUAAUUCCAACUUCAAUUAUUCAUAUGAAAUAUUAACUUUUGAAUAAAAUGUUUAUGGUCUUUUCUUUUCCCUCCACAUAUAUGAAUAUUUCAAAUCCACAGGAGGAAAAACGUUCCACCUUUCUUUCCUGUUAGGACUUUUGCAAUUCAUUGAAGGAAAAAGAUACGGAUGUUAUGCAUCAAGCGAAGCAUUUCUUUGUUUAAUUGGACCUUAUUUCACUCACUGUUGUUCCAGAGAAAAUGAUUGAUAUAGUUUAUUUCCAUAAUGACCACCAAUUGUGACUGUUUUUGUUCCCGGCGGUGGGAAUAGCCUGAAGUAUUUUUAGACUUUUAUUUGAAUGGACAAACGUCAGAUCCUGCAUGCGUGAACCGACCCUUCCGUAGGGGAGUAAUUCAUGAAGAACUACAGGGUAUUUUCUAGGCAUGCAAAAAAGAUAUUUCUACAAUAUAUUAUCAGAUGAUGUAAUCGUAUCCAGAAAUGACUUAUCGAAAGGAAAAUGAUAUCCAGCCUCCCAGUUUCAUGUUGUUUUACAGAUGCUUGUUCGAUCCAUUCUCAUCACAUAUUUACUGUGUAUCCCACACAUUUGUCACUUGAGAGGUCAUCUUUUAUUACCCAACUGUCAUCUCUUCUUCUGUGUGUUCUCAUUGGAAUAAACAAACUA